UGAGAGAGAGAGAGAAGGAGGGAGGGGUAGCAAAGGAGUGUGAAGGGCAGAGAGGAAUAAAGACACUACUUGUGACUUGACAAAAGAGGGCAGGUCCCAGAAACAGGACGAUGAAGACUGGUGUGGGACUUAUCUCUUCAUUGCUCCUGUUCUUCUUGAUGGGAGCAGUUUUCACCCAGAGAACUCCGCAGAGGAAGCCCAGCGGACGUCGUGCUACCAAGCCUUUUGUCCCAAAGCGUGUGGUACCAGCCGGGCCUGAACCCCAGGAGCCUACAGAUUUCCCCCCGCCCAUCCUUGGUCCUCCGUCCAUCUUCCCUGACUGCCCCCGAGAGUGCUUGUGCCACCCGAGCUACCCAAAUUCUCUCAACUGUGAGAACCGGAACCUCCGUGCGGUCCCCGUCAUCCCACUCAGAACUCAUUACCUGUACCUACAGAACAACUAUAUCUCCCAACUCACUGCAGAGCCCUUCAACAAUGCUACAGAGGUCCGCUGGGUCAAUCUGGCAAACAACCGCAUCAAAAGAAUAGACAAACAGGUUUUUGAGAAGAUCCCAGGUCUACUGUAUUUCUAUGCACAAAGAAACCAACUGAAUGAAGUCCCAUCAGGCCUCCCAACAAGUCUUGAACAACUUCGUCUUGACAGGAAUCACAUUUCUAAGAUCCCCGCUGGUGCUUUCAGUAAGCUGGGGAACCUGACUCUGCUGGACCUGCACUACAACCAGCUGAGCGACAGUGCCCUUGGAAAGAACGCGCUUAAAGACCUGAAGAACCUCAUGCAACUCAACCUGGCCCACAACACUUUGAAGAAGAUGCCGGCUGGUGUGCCGAACAGCCUCAUUCAGCUGUUUCUGGACAAGAAUCGCAUAGAUGACAUACCAAAAGACUACUUCAAAGACUUCUCCCACCUGGCGUUUGUGAGGCUGAACUACAACCAGCUGAGUGAUAAAGGCGUUCCCAAGGCUGUGUUCAACAUGAGCAGCCUGCUGGACCUGCAGCUGGCUCACAACCAGCUCUCAGUGGUCCCCCUCUUCAACAAUCACCUGGAGCACCUGCAUCUCAACCACAACAGCAUUGAGAGCAUCAACGGCACUGAGCUCUGCCCGUUCAGCAUGACGGCCGACCUGAAUGACGACAGCCUGGUGCCACGACUAAGGUACCUGCGUCUGGAUGGGAAUCAUUUGCACCCCCCCAUCCCCAGGGACAUCGUCAUGUGUUUCAGAAACCUUCACUCCAUUGUCAUUUAGGGAGGGGGGGGGGGGAGCGUGCUUUCUCACACAAGCCUGCAAAUGUACAAAAAAAAAAUCUAAUGAAAAACAGCAGUGCGCGACAGGGAAUUUGAGAUCGAACAUGCUCAUUUACGCCCAACGUUUCAAGCUUGAACAAGUUGUUGCAUUACUGAAUGAGGAACUGCUCAGCAGCAGAGCUUUGAGUUUACUUUUAAAAUGACAGAAAGCAACAUUACUGCCAGAAUCCAACUGCAAACUGGCAAAAAGAGAUUAUAGGAACAUUUAGCUUAUGGUUUGCAUGGGAGGUUUAGUGUAUCUUUAAUAAAAAAAAAAAAAAAAAGAAAAAUAUUGAAUGAACAAAAUCUUCAAGUGCAGUUUAGUUAAAAGACAUGCAGGUGCCUUUACAAAAAUUGGAAUGCCAUUCAUUUUAUUUCAGUGAAAAAGUGAAACUCAUGUAAUAUAAAGCAAUUACACACAGAGUGUUAUGUUUCAAGCAAUUAUUUCCGUUAAUUGUGAUGACAAUGACAAUUAAAACAUUACAUAAGGAAAGUAAAGAAGGGAUAGUCAGUGCAUGAAAGUAUUUAAGGCAUAAAGUAUGUCCGUGUAGAGUAAGGUAUAACUUCUCAAGCGUUGGCUGGCGUUCCUGUUGGAUAAAUCACUGCAGCAAUGCAGCGUAGCAUGGAAGAGAUGAGCCUGUUGCUGUGCUGAGGUGUUGUUUAGGUUGCUUUAGUAGCAUUGCUCCCUAAAGCACCGGCUGUGGAAAUGUCUAAAUGGACCUCAAACAUCUCGGAUUCUGUACAUCUCCAUUCUUCCUCCAGACUCUGAGCCCUUGAUUAUCUAAUAAAAUGCUAAAUUACUGUGGUGUGAAAGGAGAAGUACGGACCACUGAGCAACAGUCUAGUGUUUUGUCUGGGUCCAGAGUAUCUUAACACAAAGAAUGAGAAAGAUGUAGCCAAUGUCCAAUGGUUCUUGACUCCAGCCACAUCCAGCCCAUACCUUGUAAAUCCUCCACUUUUGAACUAUUGCGUCCCAAUAAUCAAAAGACCUACUUCUUCUACUUAACUUUCCAUUAAUACUUAGUAAUGACAUUUCGUGACUUACACUCCUUGUGAAUGCUAUCAGGGAAAGCUGUCAAAUCAGCAUUCUUCCCGAUGAAUAUGUGACCUUUUUUUAAUUGUUUUUAUGUAAUAUUACAUUUUUUUGAUUAACCGAAUUUCUGGUUUUCAUAAACCAUAAUCAGAAAAAAAUGUAAAUUAAAUAUGAACUAUAUCACUAUGUGUGCAAUGAAUAUAUAUCAGAGUUUCACUGUUUGAACUGAAUUAUUGAAAAAAAAAAACUUUUUGAUGGGAUGCUCAAGUUUUCUUAGCUCUCCUGCACCACAGACAUAAAGGGCAGUUUUGUUUAAGGACCCACAAUUGACCUGCAUAGACCCAAAGAGUGCUUUACGGUUUCCAAGGGGCUUAGUGUAAAAAUGUUUUUAUUUUUUUCCUAUUAAUAGACUUUUAUGCUAUUCCUCUGUAUAAAGGCGCUUUGUACAAAUACUGAAAAAUAAAAUGUCUUUGCUUAUAUAUAGUUGAA